AUGCCGACGGAAGUUGAGGAGUUGGUGGAAUUCCUUCACCACGGCAAUACUCAAAUUCGACAAGUUGCAUGUGAGCAUCUCGUAGGAUUGUCAUCAGAUCCCAACAUCUUCAAAAAACCUCAACUUGUCCCUAUCAAAGAUCUGAAAUUGCUUGUCCGGGAUUAUGCUCCGAUCGCAAAGAAUGCUCUCACGAUUCUCGUCAACAUCAGUCAUGAUGCCGAAAUUCUCAAAUGUCUGGCAGAGGACGAUGCAUUUGUCGAGGUAUUGGUAAAGAAGAUUACUAAUCCCAAAGAACAAGCAGCAGAUGAAAUAGCCAUGCUUCUGUCCAACCUCGCAAAAUCAGACCACCUUGAAAGACUAAUCACACUGAAACGGACUCUACCCGACAAAUCAAUAUCGACUUCACCUUACGCCUUAGAUCAGUUGUUUGAUUGUUUUGUCAAAGGCGCAAAUGGCAGCCUCAAUAAGCACGCCAAUUUUGACUACCUCUCUUAUCUCUUGGCAGACAUGUCUCGAUAUAAGUCCGGACGAGAUCAUUUCUUGAGCAAGAGAAGUUAUGAUGGAGUUGUCCCACUAAGCAAAUUAACCGUCUUCACGGAACAUAAGAGCGACAUUCGAAGGAAGGGAGUGGCCAGCACCAUUAAGAACGCCGCCUUUGAAGUUGACAAACAUCCUCUCUUGCUUUCGGAUGAGACUGAAUCUCAUGAUGGCACACCUGGAGUCAACAUCCUUCCCUACAUUCUACUACCCAUCGCAGGUCCUGAAGAGUUUCCUGAGGACGAAUCAGCAAAUAUGCUCCCAGAUUUACAGCUUUUACCGCCAGACAAAUCAAGAGAAAGCGAUCCAGAAAUUCUAGCCACACAUAUCGAAACUCUGCUGUUGUUUACUACGACGAGGGAGGGCAGAGAUCACUUAAGGAGUGUGUCGGUCUAUCCUCUAAUUCGUGAAUGCCAUGCACAUGUCAAGGACGAAGGAGUUAUUGAGGUGUGUGACCGGCUAGUGCAGGUGUUAAUGAGAGACGAGGAAGAAAAACCUGUAGUAGAGGAGAUAGACGAAGACCAGACUAUAGAGGAAGUGUUUUGA